AUGCUCUCCACAAGCUUCUCUUCCCCAAAUUCUCCAAAGAGCGACGAAAGUGCGAUAUCCCGUCACACAUCGUCGCACUACACACCAAUGGCGAACGUGUACCUUAGAAUAAGGCCAAACACCGUAGAACCUAAGGAACAAAUUUACACCGUAACAAACGCGACGACUCUUCUCGUAAAAAAGAACGAGAACCCGGACAAGAGGUUCACAUUCACCAAGAUUUUUCACUCAGACUCCUCUCAAGAGGAGUUAUUCCAUCACGCUGUAAGGCAGCAGGUGAUUAAUUUCCUUUACGGCGAAAGUUCGACGGUUUUGACCUACGGGCCGUCUAAUUCCGGGAAAACGUACACGAUGUACGGGACACCAGACUCGCCUGGUAUCGUUCCCCGCGCCUUAGACCUUCUCUUCUCCGUGAUAAACUGCACCUUGGUACCUUGGUACAAGCUCACAGACGACAAUCGUAUCGUGGCUCUAGGCGAGCACAAACGCACCGCGGAGAUCCGAAAUAAAGAGGCAGAAUUUUCCUGUCUCUCCUCCGUCUGGAUAUCGAUCGCCGAAGUCUACAACGACAACGUCUACGAUCUACUGAUCCUCGACGAUGCACAGAGGCGUCCGUUGAAGAUGACCACGCACAAAGACGGCUCGACUCGCGUGAACAGUUUGAGAUCCGUGCACGUCACCGCAGCUCUUGAGGUCUUCCAGUUGCUGGUCUCUGCCCGGUCGAGGAUGUCCGUGGCCUCGACAGCAGCGAACGCCUCGAGUUCACGGUCUCACACCUUCCUCACGGCGAAACUUCUCAGAUACGAAAAGGAGAGUGUCCCUGACGAGGUGCAACUGAGCACGUUGACGUUCUGCGACGUGGCUGCUUCCAGACGUUUGAAGAGGGACGAAGAACCAGGUGUCAGGUUGAUGGAAUCUCGCAGUAUAAACAAGAGCCUGUUUGUGCUCGGUAGAUGUUUGAAGGCAGUCAACGAUAGCCAUUCUUCUACUGGUGACGACGUUAUUGGACCGUUUCGCGAGUCGAAGCUGACGAGGAUCCUUCAGAAGCCUCUGACGGGACAGCAGAAAGUGAGCUUCGUCGUGACUAUCGACACCACGGCUGAAUCUUUCCCGGAAACUUUGAGCGUUCUGAACGUCUCAGCUGUUGCUAGGAGGUUGGGACGAAACGUGACUUCUCUGUUAACUUCUACUGCAUCAGGUCCAGAAAAUUGUGCAACUGUCGACUUUGAGGAGCCUGGAAGACCUGUUCUUCGGGAAAGUAUUGAGUCAACGGUGGAAUUUGAAGCUGCGAGGGGAAAGAUUGCGAAGGAGACUCAGACAGAAGGUACUUUUGUCGAUUACGACGAAUUGCGAGAGAUGAACGUGCAAUUGAUGAAAGAUCUGGAGACUUCGGAAUGCCGUCGUUUGUAUGGAGAACUGGAGAUAAGACGGGAGAUGGCGGACCAGUAUUCGAUAGCCAUCGAAGGGCUGGAGAACUCUUGGAAGAAGCGUGUGCAGGACGUCGAAGACGAAGGACGAGAUUUGUUGAAGUGGUCGGUGAAGCAGGUGGAGACGUUUUACAAGGAGCGUAUAGACAGCAUCGUGUGCAACAAGAAACGCAAGAGGAACGAGAAUUCCGAUGGAAUUCGAUCGAUCUACGAGGAGCUCGAAACUGAGAACUCGAUGAUCACGUCGAAAGUGGUUGUUCUGAGGGAAACUGUAGAAAACCUGAGAACUGAGAACAAGCUGCUCUGCACAGAGAAGAAUGAGUGCAAUUUCGAGCUGACUUUGGUGAAAGAGAAACUGAGGGAUUUUCACGAUUCCUUGCGAAUAUGCUUUCCCGAGUUAUCCUCGAGGAAGCAGGACGACACGAGUAACUCCGGUCGCUUGAUUCGUGAGCUGAAACGUGUGUUCGACGAGAAAACAAGGAACGUGGAAGUUUUAGAGAGGGAGCUGUGUCAGGCUAGAAGCAAUUGCGUGAAGACUGCCUUGAAAUCCAUGGAAAUGGAGAAAGAAUUUGGCGAUACGAAGAGUAGAUUGAAAGAUUUCGAGGAUGAAGCUGCGGAAAAUAAGAAUUUCGUCUGUACCUUGCAAGAUCAGGUGAAAUUACUCAAGGAGGAGCUAGCUAAAAUAGCGAAGUGUAAGGUCGACUAUGCUAGACCGAAGUAUUCACUUUGCAACGAUGAUUUCUUCUACGACGACUGCAUAGACGACGCGGAAUUGGUGACCCAAGCUCACGUGGACAUUAAAGCCGAGCACUGUUUCAAUUACGACAGUAAAAAGGUGUCUUUGAACAGUACCGAUGCAGGCAUCGACUGCUGCACCUUCAGAUCCAGCGACAGUGGAAACAUGAAGGAGGAUUCUGGCAUCGAUUUCAGCAGCAGAAGUCAGAAAUCGAUCAGUCUGAACGAUUGUAACAGUGACGCUUGUAAAAUAGAGGACAAAGAUAAGGGAAAAACGAGAACACUGACUGAAACGAACCAGCCAGUCAACAGAAAAGUCGAGAACGUGAAACGACUGGAAGAUUCUCUGGAGAAGUGUGUCCACAUCGAGGACCAAUUGUCCCUGUUCGAUCUUCGUUACAAGAAGAUGAAGAGAUCGUUCGCGAAGUGCAAAGCUGAGCACGUUUCUCAAAUCGACACGCUGGAGAAGGAACUGUUGAUGAAAGCUUGGGAAGUGAACGAGGCGGACAAGAGAGGAUCGAUGGAAGGUGAUCUUUUCAGUAAGGAACUGGAGAUCGUUUUCGAAAAGUCUGAAGAAGAGAAGAAGAAUUAUCAACAACGGUUGCAGGAACAUUUGGAGGCUCAGUCGAAGUUGGAGAUGAAAUUACAGCGACUCUCGAGGGAGAUUCGAAACAGGGACGACGAGCUGGUGUCUUUGAGAGUGGAUAUUAGAAACGAUAGUGAAAACGUGGAAUUUUUCGGCGAGGAAAUUGUCCGAUCGAACGAGACUGUGAAUGAAAAGCUGGCGUACUCUGAGGACGAAGAAACGUGUAACGAAGAGAUUCAGGAUCCUCAGUUGCAAUUAACGUCGUCGUUGAAUCAGGUUCACGAGCAAACGGAGGAGAAAGGAGAGGAGUUUUGCAAGUUAAAAUUGCAGUUGUUUGAGAACGAAUUGGAGACAGACUUGAUAAGAAAGCAUCGAAAUGAUUUGAUAAAGAAGUACGAGUGUAUGAUAGAGAAGAAUUCGGUCAUGUGUCAGACUAAAAGCGACGCCUUCGACUGCUUUGACAUUUGCGAAUCAAUUGGCUCGAAGAAUGCUCCAAGACAGGAAAGAAUGUCUGGUUGGAUGAAAGUUCGAAAAAGCAAUGCGAAAAUGGAUCUUCUAUAUCAAGUGAAUGGUCCUCGUUUAAAAUGA